CGUUGUCAGUUUGUCGCGGAACGUCGUGUACGACGGUACGGGGUGUAAGGUUUUCGAAAGUCAUCGUCGCACCACGGGUCCAGGCCACGAUUACCAAGUUAUUCUGUAUUAAGUGGCCAUUCUAUCGCCCUCCUCCGGCAUACCUUAUUAGGACUGAUUACGCCAUAACGGCCGUCAACUCAAUUCCCCGGCUCUCGGUCGUCGUCGUCGUCGUCGUCACGUGUUCAACGUUGACGAGUCGAAAAACUGCAUCGUAACAGCCGUGUUGGAGAGCUAACGCCGUCUUAUCGUGUUUUUUCCAUGUGAAAGGUGUGAAAUGGCUGCCUGCUCGAGCCCUGGGUGUCACUCGUCCUCCAAUCGGUGUACACUGGAAGCCGGAUUAUCGGGACACUCCGUUUAACCGAUCAUCCGUAUAUCUCGUACACGCAUCUGGACGCUGAGGAAACUUGCUUCAAGGUGAAGACGCGGUGCUGUAUCGUCAAGAUUAACGAGGGGUGCAUCUUUUCUCGAAGCCGAAACCGGAUGUAAACUGGGCAUUCUUCCAAACGCUUAUCGAUCACAGACGACACGUGCCUCUACAAAUUGGAUACCUGUUGAACCGCUAACGAGCGACAAUUAAGAGGCAUUUCCGCGAGGCUGGAGAGGAGAAGGAUUAAAAGGGGACGAGGGCGAGGAUAGUGGGAUAUUUUUGGAGGAGCCCUAAAUUUCGAAGCGACCGCUACUCGCGCGAUUAACAACACGUUGCGAGCGAUUUGUCGGCGUUCCAGCACGAAGAAGCAUCGCCACGGUCCCCGACGAAAACGAGCGCUACUAUUUUUGUGCCUUCUUCCAUGAGAUACGCUCGUCGAGACGCGAUUAGUGCUUCCAGAGACGGCCGAGACCAUCUCCGCUGGUGGAGCUGAUUUCCAAGGCGGUAACGAGCGCGUUCACAAGCUACUGUCCCGCCUACAAACACGAAGGAUCAAAGGAUCGUGGCAAAGGAUGACAGAACUUGCACGAUCUUUGCGGAACCACCUCCGUUACCGACAAAGACGCUUUGUCGACCAGCCUCGUUUACGCGAAAGAGACGGCAGAGACAGCGGAACAGCUGUCCUUGACAUUGAACAUACUGCGGUAUGCGCCCACGCUUCCGGUCGAACGUGAUCGCGGAGGUGUGAGAGCAGCUGUGACUUUUAACGAAGAACAUCCAACUUCUGACCCCGUCAUCAUCGAUACUUUUUGCACCAUGACCUCCUAUAGAAGAAGAAAACAUCCUCGACGACGUCCUGACAUUUCCCAGCCCAACGGUUUUGUCCCUUUGUGAAUUUAUAGAGCGUGCUCUCCGGAACUUACUUUGUCGCCUGGCUUUCUAUCCUCCUUAUUCUCACUCGAUAACCACUCUCGACGAUGCUAAUUAACCGCAUAUGGAUGACACGAGCAAAGUGUUGAAACGAACUCUGAAAACCCUUGGAAAAUAAGCUCUAUCCGUUCUCCUUUCGAUCCUCCGUAUCUUCAAAGGUUAUUCAAAGUGUCGCUAUCGCGGCGAUGUCGAAGAGAAUUUUCGGUCAAUUUUCUAUAGCGAGAUGGUACAUCGUUUGACGCAUCGACGAAAGUGUCUGGAUGGGAAGAAAAUGCAGGAUACCACGAGGGGGCCUAGCUGAGGAAGUUGACGAAAAAAUAUUACAUGCGGCAUUUAUACCUUUUGGUGAAAUAGUUGAUGUACAAAUACCAUUAGACUAUGAAUCUGAAAAGCAUAGAGGAUUUGCUUUCAUUGAAUUUGAAAGUGCAGAAGAUGCAGCAACAGCAAUUGAUAAUAUGAAUGAUUCUGAGCUGUUUGGACGAACGAUAAGGGUAAACAUUGCAAAACCACAAAAAAUAAAAGAAGGUUCAUCAAAACCUGUUUGGGCUGAUGAUGCAUGGUUACAAGAACAUGCAGGUGAAACACUUAAAAGUGAUGAUAAUGCAAAUUCAGCAGAUGCAGUUCAAUGCAAAAAGGGAAAACAAAAUCCUCAAGUCUAUUUUGAUAUUACUAUUGGGAAACAAGAAGUAGGUAGAAUUAUUAUGAUGCUGAGAGCUGAUGUAGUACCAAAAACUGCUGAAAAUUUUCGUGCUCUUUGUACACAUGAAAAAGGAUAUGGAUACCAAGGAAGCAUAUUUCAUAGAAUUAUUCCAGAAUUUAUGUGUCAAGGAGGAGAUUUUACAAAUCAUAAUGGAACAGGAGGUAAAUCAAUCUAUGGAAAUAAAUUUGAUGACGAAAAUUUUGAAUUAAAACAUACUGGACCUGGUACUUUAUCAAUGGCAAAUUCUGGUCCAAAUACAAAUGGAUCUCAAUUCUUCAUAUGUGCUGCACGUACAGAUUGGCUAGAUGGAAAACAUGUAGUAUUUGGACAUGUUCUGAGUGGGUUAGAUGUUCUAAAGAAAAUGGAAAAAUGUGGAACUAAAGCAGGCACUCCUACUCAAAAAAUUGUUAUAACAGCUUGUGGAGAAUUAACUUAAACAAUUUUUAAAAUUUAUCAUUUCGUAAUAAUUGUAACAUAAAUCUUAUGUGAAUUAAAAAAUUCAAAUAUUUUAAUAAAUCUAAAGCAUGGUUUAGUA